AAGCCUGCAGGCGCUGGACCCACCCGGACCCCGGACCCCGGAGCAGCAUGCGAGCCACCGCUGCCAUCACCGCUGCCCUCUGCUUGGCCUGGGCCCUGGCCCUGGUUCCCGCCUACCCGCAGGGGCUCUGCCCCCCGAGUCUGGCCUGGCCCACAGGACGGUCCCUCUCCCCAGACACGCUGCGGCGCUGUGCGGACGAUGGGGCCUUCGACUCUGUGGCGCUGGACGAGAAGGGCCGGAUGCUGUUCUUCAAAGGGGACGAGGUCUGGAAGGGGUUGCACGGCGGGUCUGAGCCCAUCAGUGCCACAUGGCCGGAGCUGGGGUCGGGGCCCGUGGACGCUGCCUUCCGCCUCCACCAAAAGGACAGUCCUAUGCACGACAGCCUCUACCUCUUCCAGGGCGAGCAGGUCUGGGCUUACACGGACGGGAAGCUGCGCUCCGGCUACCCCCGUGCCAUCGGGGACGAGUUCAAGGGUGUGCCGGGGGGGCAGCUGAAGCAGCGGGCAUGGACGCAGGUGGGCAACUGCUCGGCAACGCUGCGCUGGCUGGAGCGCUACUACUGCUUCCACGGCCUGCGCUUCCUGCGCUUCCACCCGCUGACUGGCGACGUGCCCGCCCACUACCCCCUCGACGCCCGCGACUACUUCAUCUGCUGCCCCGGCAGAGGUCACGAGCAUGUGGCGCACCAAAACGCCACGCUCUACGCCCUCAUGGACCGCUGCAGUGGGCUGCCCCUGGAGGCCUUCACCUCCAACGACGAGGGCCGGCUCUACGCCUUCCGCCAGGGCUACUACUUCCGCCUGGACUCCCAGCGGGAUGGGUGGCACGCGUGGCCCACCAAGCACACGUGGGCCGGGCUGGAGGGUAAGGUGGACGCUGCCUUCACCUGGGAGAACUUAACGUACUUCAUCCAGGGCGUCCAGGUGUCCAUCUACCGGGAGGACCGGAGCCACGCGCCGGUGCAGGGCUACCCCAAAGGGCUGCAGGAGGAGCUGGGGAUCCCAGGUGCCGACGCCGCCUUCAUCUGCCCUGGCUCCACGCUGCUCUACAUCAUCCGAGGCAGCAGCAUGCAGCAGGUGGACCUGGCCAAGAGCCUGCGGGUGCCUGAGCCAGCGGGGCCCAUCCCACACGAACACGUGGACAGUGCCACGUGCACGGACAAGGGCGUGUACCUGUUCCACGAUGCUGUCUUCCACCACUACCCCACAGCCACUAGCCUGGUUGGCGCCUCCCAGCCCGCGCCCCCCCAGAACACCGCCGCAGUCUUCUUCGCCUGCCCCGCCUAAGUGCCCGCCUGC